UUGCCAAGGAGCCGUAAUAUACUACUCACCCUCAUGCCACACAGUGACACAACUCACAAUUUGCUGAAAAGCACAACAGCACAAGGCAGGAAAUUUGGACAUAAUGAUGGAUCAAAUGUCAAAGAUUACCUGUCAAGCUAAGGCCUUUAUUUAUCCGUUUCGAUUAUAAUCUUUAAAACUCCAAACUAGAUUAGCCACAUUUCAUUUGCAGAAAUAUAAUAUACUCAAAAAUAAUGCAACCAAAAGCUCUGCUCAUAUUUUUCAUCUUCUUUUCUCUCCUCAUUUCUAUUCAUAGCAAAUAUAUUCAUGAAGUAGAAGAUAAAGAAGAGGUAGUGAUCAAAAGAUCCAUGUUCCCCGAUAAUUUUAUUUUUGGGGUCGGCACAUCAGCUUACCAGAUUGAAGGUGCUUAUCUUGAAGAUGGAAAAAGCCUCAGCAACUGGGAUGUUUUCACUCAUGUACCUGGGAACAUCGAGAGUGGAGAAAAUGGAGAUGUUGCUGAUGAUCACUACCAUCAUUACAUGGAAGACAUUCAAAAAUUGGAGUAUCUAGGAGUAAAUGCUUAUCGGUUUUCAAUCUCAUGGACCAGAAUUCUACCAAGAGGAAGGUUUGGUGAGACUAACCCAAGUGGGGUCUUAUUCUACAACAACAUUAUUGACAAUGUGCUGCUCAAAGGAAUCCAACCUUUUGUAACAAUACAUCACAAUGAUAUACCACAAGAACUUGAGGAUAGAUAUGGAAGUUGGCUUAGCUCUGAAAUCCAGGAAGAUUUUGUUCUUUUUGCAAAGACUUGUUUUGAGAACUUCGGAGAUAGAGUGAAGUAUUGGGUAACAAUAAAUGAGCCUAAUAUAAAUGCUAUACUGGCUUAUAUGGAAGGAGCAUUUCCACCACGUCGUUGUUCCGCUCCUUUUGGUAAUUGUUCAGUUGGUAAUUCCAACAUGGAGCCUCUAAUUGUUGCUCAUAACAUGUUGAUAUCACAUGCUAAGGCUGUCAAAGUAUACCGCGAUCAAUUUCAGCCUAAGCAAGGUGGGUCUAUCGGCAUAGUGGUGCAUGCCUUCCAUUAUGAAAGAUACACAGAUGAUGAAUGGGGAUUCCAAGCUGUAGAGAGAGCCUAUGCAUUUAAUUUAGCCUGGUUAAUAGAUCCCUUGAUAUAUGGAGAUUAUCCUGCCAUAAUGCGCAAAUAUAUUGGAAAAGAGCUCCCAAACUUUAGUAUAGAGGAAGUAAAAUUGGUGAAAGGAAGUGUUGAUUUUGUAGGCUUAAAUCAUUACACAUCGUUUUAUGCAAUUGACUGCUUGCAUCAUUCCACUGACUGCACCCCAAGUGAGCAUCGCCCUGUUAAAGGUUUUACUGCCAGAACAGGAUCUCGGGACGGUAUUCCCAUUGGAGACGAGAUGGGUAUGUUUGGUUUCCACGUAGUACCACAUGGAAUGGAGAAGCUUUUGAAUUACAUUAAUAUGAGAUAUCCGAAUUUGAGUAUUUAUAUCACUGAAAAUGGGUACUGCCCACCAUAUUAUCAAGUAGGAACACAAAUGCUAUCGGAUUUCAAAAGGAUUAAAUACCACGAAGCGUAUCUCGCAGCUCUGUCAAAGGCAAUGAGGGAAGGAGCUAAAGUAAAAGGUUACUUCGCUUGGAGUUUCAUGGACAAUUUUGAAUGGCUACAAGGUUAUAACAUUUCUUUUGGCCUAUAUUUCGUGGAUCGAAAGACAAUGGAAAGAAUCCCCAGACUCUCCGCCAAGUGGUAUUCAGAAUUUAUUGCAAAUGGUGAAAUCUCCAUUAUUAGUUCGUUUUAAGCCCGUGAAAUUUAGCGUCUCAAACUUCAAUUCAACAAAUUUAUGCCAUAAUUUGUGCCGUAUUCACAUUGAUCCACACUAUCGCUCUUAACUUAUGUUAUUUUUUUUUCUAUUUGACAAAUCAAAGAUACUAGAUUUUGAAGCUCGUGCAAUGCACGAUUUUUGUAAUAUUCUAGAAUUAUAUUCAUAUCGUAGUUGUGUAGUAUAAGAAAUUAUAUAUUUAUUGAGUGACAUGUUUUAUA